UCAGUCAGUCAGUCAGUCAGUCUCGCGCCGCCUCGCUGCCGGCGGACUCGCUGAUCGGCCUGUGCUGCUCGCGCCCUCGCCGGAAUGAGCGCCGGAAUGAGCUGCCCCCCGAGCCCUGUCCGCCGCCCGUCAGCUCACGUGCAUUAAACAGAACGUCUUGCUAUACCCUUCACUAUUUUUAGCUCCCGAGUUGUCGAGGGAUUACAAGAGCUUAUGAGGAAGUUCUGUUAUGAAAAAAUAAAACAGUGGCUGGAGGAAACAGCACAAAGUGAGGAGAUUCGAACAGCACAGGAAGGAGAAGGGAGGCUGGAAUAACAAGCGGAGAACCAUGAGGCCAAUUGGAACAUUUGCAAACGAUGACCACCAUGUCAUGGCAAAACAUUCAUCAGUUUACCCUUCCCAGGAAGAGCUCGAAGCUGUGCAGAAUAUGGUUUCAACAGUGGAAUGUGCGCUUAAACACGUAUCUGAUUAUUUGGAUGAAACCAAUAAAUCAGUGACUGUAGAAGCAGAUGCAGAUGAAGAUGGCGAAACCAGAAAAGAACUCUCUGCAGAGAGCAAUACAAUUGAUCAGAGUGGCCGAGUAUUGUGUGGAGUGAUGCGGAUUGGUUUAGUGGCAAAGGGUUUGCUGAUAAAGGGAGACCUGGAUUUAGAGCUGGUGUUGAUGUGUAAGGAAAAGCCAACAGAAUACUUAUUAAACACAGUCUAUGUCAACCUGCCACUACAAAUUCAGAAAAUCUCAGAGGAAAAAUAUGAAUUUGAGAAACUUUUGGAUGAGGCAGCAAUCAUUGUGCAAAAUACAAAAGACCCCAGACUGACGUUGAGGAUUAUUUUGAGCUCACCUAUGGUGAGAGAUGAUGUGGAAAAGAAAGAAGUUGGAGAAAGUGUUGCGAUGAAAGAUCCACCGGACUUAUUGGACAGGCAGAAAUGCCUAAACGCCUUGGCGUCUCUGCGACAUGCCAAAUGGUUUCAGGCAAGGGCAAAUGGAUUAAAGUCGUGUGUAAUUGUGAUUCGUAUUCUUCGUGAUUUAUGCAACCGAGUACCCACAUGGGGACCAUUGAAAGGAUGGCCCCUAGAGCUUAUUUGUGAAAAAGCCAUAGGUACUAGUAAUAGACCAUUAGGGGCUGGUGAAGCUUUGAGACGUGUGAUGGAGUGCUUGGCAUCAGGGAUUCUUCUGCCUGGUGGUCCGGGUUUACAUGAUCCCUGUGAAAAAGAGCCAACAAAUGCAUUGAUCUCAAUGACUCCACAGGAAAUGGACAAUAUUACCCAUAGCGCCCAGCAUGCACUUAGACUGAUGGCUUUUGGUCAAAUGUACAAAGUACUGGAAAUGGACCCACUUCCAUCAACUAGAUCUGCAUUUCACAAACGUUCCAGAUCACUGAGUGAGCGAGAUGGAUUUCUCUCUGCACCUUUGAAACGACCGUAUGAGGAUAGUAUGGGAGACGACAAAGAUCCAAACAAAAAGAUGAAAAGAAACCUGAGAAAGAUAAUGGACAAUAAAGCGAUAGACACCAACCAACCCAUGAAUGCUCUGAUGAGACUGAAUCAAAUUAAGCCAGGUCUACAGUAUAAGCUUCUUUCACAGUCUGGCCCCGUGCACGCACCUGUCUUCACUAUGUCUGUUGAUGUUGAUGGGAAAACAUAUGAAGCCUCAGGACCAUCUAAAAAAACAGCCAAACUGAAUGUAGCAGUUAAGGUGUUGCAGGCCAUGGGCUGCCCAACUGGUAUGGAUUUGAAGAUGUGUCUGGAAUCUCAGGAUAUGGAGGAAAAAUCCUCAAGCGAUGAUAAAAAUGAGACUGUUUCUACAAACUCCAGCACUGACACAGCUGGCUGUGCUGCUGCUAGCACAAAUACUCUCGAGAUGAGAACUCAGGGUCCUAUCCUUACAGCCAGUGGGAAAAACCCAGUUAUGGAGCUGAAUGAGAAGAGGAGGGGAUUGAAGUACGAGUUGAUAUCAGAAACCGGUGGGAGUCAUGAUAAACGCUUUAUUAUGCAGGUGGAAGUGGAUGGUCAGAAGUUCAAGGGAGCAGGCCCCAAUAAGAAAGUAGCUAAGGCUAGUGCUGCUUUAGCUGCUCUAGAAAAACUGUUUUCUGGUCCCACUGCUGUAAACAACAAGAAGAAAAGAACUGGCCCUCCGACUAAGGGCCCAAUCGCUGCGCCGAUUGCUACUGUCCAAACACUGCGAGGCCGAGGGAGAGGAGCCUUGAGCAGAGGAGCAUUUGCUGGUGCUGCAGUAACAGCUGCUCCGGGAUACAUAACGCCAGUUUUCUCUCCAUACCUCUCAUCUCCUGACAGUGGCAACUCGUGCUGGGGUGCAGUUCCACAUGUACCUCGCCCAAGUGCUCAUUCUCCCUGUGUAAGCUUGGAAAGUUAUGGGGCACCCUAUGGAUUCAGUGCUGCUGCCCCAGCUUACGGUUUACCAGGCAAGAGAAUGCUUCUGUUCCCUGUUAUGAAAAUUCCAACAUAUCCUGUUCCCCAUUACUCCUUUUUCAGCUAAUUACUGUAUUAGAAGCCUAAUGACCGAUUCUGAUCACAAUAGCAAAAACAAUAAGUGGGCAUUAGGAGAGAAUAAAGUUAAUGCUCUUUUUAAUUCAAUUUCUUUUGAAAAUGUUGUAUGAAGCAAAUUAUUUGUAAGAUACGUUUUUUUUCCCCCUAUCUUUUUGAUUUUAACAAAAAGGCUACAGGUUUAGUUCAUUAAAACUUGAAGAUGUACUGUGAAAUGUUACCUCAUUCUUGGAAUAUAACUUAUGCAGCCUUCUGUGAUUAAAAAGUAAUGAACUUUUUUAAAAAAUACUCACAGACAUUUUAAUUGAAGUAUCACAGCUUCUGAAGAAUUUUAUGGAAGCUUAUUUGUGAAGGAUGUGUAGAUAAUAGAUCUCUGAUCACAAAUAAAACAGUUUGUUUCAGAAC